UCGAUAUAUCAAAAAUGAUAACGAGGAGCUUCACCACGCUGCUAUGACCGCGCUGGGCUCUAAAAUAGUGUCCUCUCGACAAGCCCAGAUGGCCAAGAUUGCUACCGACGCUGUCUUGUCGGUUGCCGACUUGGAGCGGAAGGACGUCAACUUCGAUCUUAUCAAAGUCGAGGGCAAGGUUGGCGGCCGAUUAGAAGAUACCUGUUUAGUCAAUGGCAUUGUGAUCGACAAGGAGUUCUCCCAUCCCCAAAUGCCGAAGGAGAUUAAGGACGCCAAAAUUUGCAUUCUCACCUGCCCAUUUGAGCCACCGAAGCCUAAGACCAAGCAUAAGAUCGACAUCAAAUCUGCUGAGGACUACAAGAAGCUUUAUAAAUAUGAGCAAAAGUAUUUCUCUGACAUGGUAGACACAAUGCUAGCAUCUGGUGCUAAUUUGGCGAUCUGUCAAUGGGGGUUCGAUGACGAGGCCAACCAUCUCUUGUAUCAGCGCAAUCUUCCGGCUAUCCGUUGGGUUGGAGGUGUUGAGCUCGAGCUCAUUGCUAUUGCUACUGGGGGCCGUAUCGUCCCUCGAUUCUCGGAGUUAACCUCUGCUAAACUUGGCCGUGCCGGUACAGUGAGGGAGUUGAGUCUCGGCACUACUGAUAAGGACUCUAUGAUUGUCAUUGAGGACUGUGCUAAUUCAAAGACUGUGACGGUGCUAGUCCGUGGUGGUAAUCAGAUGGCUGUUGAUGAGGCCAAGAGGUGCUUACAUGACGCCAUGUGUUGUGUCCGAAACCUCAUCCGCGACAGCAGGGUUGUGCCCGGUGGUGGUUGCUCUGAGAUCGCCGCGAGUAUUGCCGUCGCUGAUGCUGCUGAUAAGGAGCCCACUGUUGAGCAGUACUCUAUGAGGGCCUUCGCCGACGCGCUUGAGACAAUUCCGAACUGUCUUAGUGAGAAUUCAGGGUUACAGCCACUCAAGACGGUGGCUCAAGUGAGGAAUCUCCAAAUAUCCACCGGAAAGCCUGUAUUUGGGGUCGACUGCAUUGCUCAGGGCACAAAUGAUAUGUGGAAGCAGGGCGUGUAUGAAGCCACGGCUUCUAAGAUCGAGCAACUCAGCCUCGCGACACAGGUGGUCAAAAUGAUUCUCAAGAUUGAUGAUGUGAUGUCUCCGUACGAUUAUGACCAAUUCCACAGCGAGCCGACGCUGACUGAGACUGCUAACGAUUACGUUUCUAACGUUAUCUAA